UUCUCUGACCAUUCCCUCCCCCAAGAGUCUGAUGCUUCACAGACAGUUACUGUAUUUCGAAAAUAACACUCUUGAGAUACAACCAGUUGCUGAACUAUCUGCAGUGACAAGUGGAAGACAAAGCAAGAGACAACUUGAAGAUGACAAUUCUGAUAAUGGUGAUAUUAAUAAACAGCACAGAGAUUGGAGUCAUGUCAAAAUGUUUGCUCUUAUUGAGGUUAACAAAUUCAAGGAUGUACAUUAUGGGAGUUUCAAGAAAAGAUGGGCAAGACUGGUAGAAGAUUAUAAAUUGUUUCUGGAUAAUAACAAGAAAACAGGGGCUGAACCAAUAGAAUUGACUAUGAAGAGGAAAUGCGGGAAAUUCAAAGAUGACCCAGUUUUUAAUCCAGUUUAUGAUACUGAAA